GAGGGCACACAUUACCCGAAGCCACUUUCCCCGUGUAUUAAAGCAAGAUGGCAGCUGUUGUUGAGAAUGUUGUCAAACUGCUGGGAGAGCAGUACUACAGAGAUGCCAUGGAGCAAUGUCACAACUACAAUGCCAGGCUCUGUGCUGAGAGGAGUGUCCGAAUGCCGUUCCUCGAUUCUCAGACCGGUGUGGCUCAGAGCAAUUGCUACAUUUGGAUGGAAAAGAGACACAGGGGACCAGGCAUGGGUCCAGGGCAGCUCUACACCUACCCAUCCAGGAGGUGGAGGAAGAAACGGCGAUCUCAUCCUCCCGAGGACCCCCGGCUUAUUUUCCCUCCUGUCAAGUCAGAGCUAGAUUUAGGCAUGAAGAAGGACGCUCUGUUGUCGUCGGAUGGCAGCAGCCUGGAGGCCCUGCUGAAGGGGGAGUCCUUGGACAAACGGACGACCGCAGAGCUCCGAGGGUCUGAAGAAGAUUCAAAUCUGAGUGACUACACUGGAGGCCUCAACCCUGCUGCUCGGAUUAGAAAGAGAAUCCUUGAGCCAGAUGACUUCCUAGAUGACCUAGAUGAUGAAGACUAUGAGGAAGACACACCUAAAAGAAGAGGCAAAGGAAAAGGGAAGGGUCGAGGAGUGGGCAGUAGCAGCAGGAAGAAGCUGGAUACAGCAGCACUGGAGGACAGAGACAAGCCGUACGCCUGUGACAACACUAUCAAACAAAAGCAUAUUUCAAAACCUUCUGAAAGAGUCUGUGGGAAACGCUACAAGAACCGUCCCGGCCUGAGUUACCACUACGCCCACUCCCACCUGGCUGAGGAGGAGGGUGAGGAGAAGGAAGAGAUGGAGAUCAGUGAGCCUGCCUUGCCGCUGCCUGAGGAGCCUAAGACUCCCAAGAAAGGCCCAGAUGGCCUUGCAUUGCCUAAUAAUUACUGUGAUUUCUGCCUGGGAGACUCCAAAACCAAUCACAAGACUGGUCAGUCAGAGGAGCUGGUGUCCUGCUCUGACUGUGGACGCUCAGGCCACCCGUCUUGCCUGCAGUUCACUCCUGUAAUGAUGGCCGCUGUGAAGACGUACCGCUGGCAGUGCAUAGAAUGCAAGUGCUGCAACAUGUGCGGCACCUCGGAGAACGACGAUCAGCUUCUGUUCUGUGACGACUGUGAUAGAGGCUAUCACAUGUACUGUCUCAACCCGCCCAUGUCGGAACCUCCAGAGGGGAGCUGGAGCUGUCAUCUAUGUCUGGACCUGUUGAAAGACAAGGCAUCCAUAUACCAGAACCAGAACGCCCCACCAUCGUGAUGUCCGCUCCCGCCUGCACACGCUUAUCACUCAGCCGUCCCGCAGCAGUAUGGUUUACCCUUCAAGACAGAUGAUAAACUCUCCUGAGGAGCUCACCUCGGGGGGAGUGCGCUCAGAACAGACAAUAAAUUGUGAAAAGGGAAGUAUACUUUACCAGACUGGCCUCACUUAGCUUCAGAUAUGACUGUUACACAGUUCCAAGCUCAGUCUCAGUCCCAUAGAUUUUUAUUCUCAUUUCUUUGCCACAUAGCCAAUUUGAGCAGUUCUGAAUUUCAACAAGAUACACAGCAUAAAUAGCCAAAUUAUGACUUCCUAUUCAGCCUUUUUACACACACACAUACCUACACAAAAUUGCUAAACCCUUGUCUCUAUCCUGCAGCGUACUGAUUUUAUGACUAGAGCAGAAAUAGAGCUCAUUGGAAUUAAGUAGCAUGCCAAUGCUUGCUCAUCAUAAAAAAAAAAGACAUUUUAUAGUAUUUAUAUAUUUCUAUGGUAUAUAAUAGUGUUGAGUAUGUACAAAUUGGAAAGAGAAUGGUCACGUAAUGGUCUUUUUAUUAGUGCCCAUCUCAUCAUUAUGGAAAAGUUUCCAUAACCAUGCUCCUUUCAUGGCACUGCUGAUAUUUGGUGAUUAGCUUUGAUAGAGUCAAAGGGAUCUGCUGAGACUGUAAAUGAUUUUUUCCAUCUCAUCCACUGCCACUCGCCACACACAUAAAGACACACACAGAAACAGGAACUAUGAAUAGGACAGACACCCUGGCAUGCAUUUCAAAGUGGCUCCAAAGGCUGAGGGUCUUCAGGGAAGGCAGGUUAGACUCGAGUCUGGUUGUUGACUCUCGUGUGCUGGUGGCUCAUCGAGCUGCACGGAGCUCAAGAGGGUGCCCCCCCCCUUUUUUUUUAACAGAUAAAGUUAUGAUUAUGAUUAUUCCAGUCAAAACAAUAUCUACUUGCAUUAUCAGUCAGGUAUAGGGUUAAAAAGCCUUCAGUGCUGUGUUCUAGCAGUUUGCUGAUCAUGCAAUUUCCAAUAUCUGUUGAUGUUGUGACACCACUAGAUUAUUUUAAUGUAACUGAGGACUAUGCGACCUUGCAGAUGGUCACUUGCUAACAAUGUAAAAGCAAUAUAAGAGCUCCUGUACGAUGCUGGAAUGAGAGGGACUCACAGCAGAGUCUGUUUAGGCUCUGCUGGCAGGUAAUGAGCGAUACUGUAAAUGUUCUGUCUCAGAAAAUGCAGAUAGUCGUCUGUGGCAGCAAUUACACAUGGCUCCACGUUGUAGAAAAAUGUGUAUAUGUAUAGUCCUAUGGAGAGAGAUGGCUGUUUUUUGUCACUGCUUUCAUAGUUUUAUUAUGCAAUGGUUUCCUUCUGUGGCAAGGCUAAAAGAAAAAAGUCUGGCUGAUCUGCUAAAGCAGUUACUUUACCUCAAACGGAAACAGUAUUUAAAGGGUUGAAACAUGCUGUAGAUAGAUGGGACAAAGGCAGAGGGAUAAAUAGUAAUGACAGGUGCCGUGUCUGCUUCAAUAACUGCAUAUUCUACAGUUAAACAAGUGCAUGCUCAGUCAAUGUCUGCACUCUCAUAUGCUACAUAGUCGUCUCAGCGUUAGGUCAGCGGUAGGUGUUGGGAAGUGGUGUAAUAUAAAUUAACCAUGCUAUCAUGUUGUUUCAAUAGCCAACUAACAAUUACUAAAGCAUUACACGAGUAUAACUUGAUUUAUUUUCUCAUCACAUUUUAAACUUACUGUUAUAUAGAGGCAGUGGCUACUAGAAUAUUUUGCUGGUUGUUUUUGUAUUCAUCGAUGUUUGCGUACCUGAUGUGUGGGACAUUUUGGGACUUAAGUGGAAGUUGCUUUGUAGUUAAUCCUGUGAUCGACUGAGCCGCUCUCUUCCAAACCUCGAAACAGGAAGCAAAGCCCAUAACGUAACUAAGAGGCAAAUGCUUUAGCUGCAUCUUGAACACUGAAAGAUUAAGAAAUGAUGAACUGACUUCUGGGCUGCACUCAGAGGAAAGUCAUAAACAAGAAGGAAGUUCACCUUUUGUUGUCAUAUUAUAUAUAUUUUUAAAUACCAUAUUAAGUUUUUCUAGUUUCUAGCUUUGGAAGAGAAUUGUUCAAAACUUAAAAUGUUUAAACCAAGAUCACAGGUUUACACAGUAGGUGAAUUCUCUUAGGUUGGGCUUUCAUUUGGAUUGUGAUGGAAUGUUUUAUUGUACGAAAUUUGUCUUCAGGAAAAUAAAAUACUAAGCACUAUAA